AUUCCACCGACAUCCUCGCCAUAUGUUCAAUCCUUUCUCGCGCACGCCCCGCGGCGGCGCCGCCUGGUUCAAUGCAGGCCCUGUGUCCGCGUACCCGCUGCUGACGGCCGAUGAUGGGCGCCUCGCGCAGCAGCACUUGUGCGAGGGCGCGUGGGUGGCGGGGUGCAGGGUGUUUCACGUACCUAAAGAGGAUGCGGGGGGUGCAGUGCAGGUGGUGAUUGAUGAGUGGAAGGAGGGCGGGGGAGACACGAAGGAGCAGGUGAUGGUGUUUAGGUAUGAGGGGAAAUGGGUUGCUGUGAACCAUGAAUGCCCACACUCCUCGUAUCCACUCAGUAACGGCACACCAUUCGAUAUCGAGGAUUUUGGAGUAAAGCUCAGCGCGGGCAUUUCGUGUCCGAAGCAUGACUGGAGUUUUGAUCUAUUCACUGGGAGGAGCGACAGGGGGAGUUAUCGACUGCAGGUUUGGGAGACAGAAGUGAGGAAGAGUGGGAGUGGGGAGGAGGAGAUUUGGGUCCGGAGAAAGCAGAAAAUUGGGUAGUUUGGUUGCGAGAUCGGUAUUUGAAGCAAACAUGGCGAUUCUCGAAUUGAUUAUGUGCUAGAUCAAUCUAAACUCUCGCAUCUCAGCGGAACGGCCCACUAGUUUCCACUUGGACGCAUACAAAGGUACGAUAGCAAUUCCAACAAAGGAGUGGCCACCUUCCCUAGCACGCA